UUGAGAUGCACCGUCAUAGUGGUCAAUUGUUCCUCUCUACGGAUCACAGACAUACGCCUACCGAGUGUGCUCGAUGUUUGAGAAAGAUACGUUAACAGUUUGAAUAAAAAAAUUUUUUUCAUACAAGUUCAUUUAUAUAUAUGUGCAUGGGGCCCCUAUUUGGAAAUAAUCCUUCGCGAAAUGCGUCGAAGAAUUUGGUUGAAUUUAAGGCAGGGAAAAUGACUAUGAAGGGGAAAAUGGUUUAUCCAGACACACGAAAGGGACAGGUUUACGUUCACCAGUCUGACGAUCAAUUAAUGCAUUUUUGUUGGAAAGAUCGUACAACAGGAAUCGUAGAAGACGAUCUUAUAAUAUUCCCAGAUGACUGUGAAUUUAAGCAUGUUCCAGCAUGUAAAUCCGGUAGGGUAUAUCUGUUGCGAUUCAAGUCGUCAAGUAGAAAAUUCUUCUUUUGGCUACAGGAUCUGAAAACUGAUAAAGAUGAAGAAUAUUGUAGGAAAAUUAAUGAAGUUUUAAAUAAUCCACCUACUCCUGGUUCUCAAAGAAGCGGCAAUGCAAAUCCAGAUGGAGAUUUUCAUAAUUUAUUAAAUAAUAUGUCUCAACAACAAUUAAUGCAAUUGUUCGGCGGCGUUGGACAAAUUGGACUAGGCAGCUUAUUAGGAACUAUGAGCAGACCUCAUGGUAUCCAAAGUACUAGAGCAUCUACUACAACCGCGUCAUCACCGGUUACUACAAGCGUCGCCAGACCACCGGUAUCUCAAACACCGGCACCUUCUACCGUUACUGAAACUACAAAAUCUUCCAGUAAUAAUAAAUCAUCACCAAGAACAACAGCACCAUCUACACCUGUGACUACUUCAGGUACUAACAAUAGAAUUCAGUUGAGUGAUCUACAAAGUUUCCUCUCAGAAAUUCCAACACCAGCUGGAGCAGAAGCUGUUGUUCAGCAGAGGGGCAUAGCGACAGAGCUGACGAAUGUCAUCCCAACGAUUACAAGAACGGAAUCUCUGGAACGUGCUAUUUCCGCGCACUUACCACCUGGAGACAACCUGUGUACCACGCUAUCGUCUCCCCAGUUCUCCCAGGCGCUAUCAAUGUUCUGGUCUGCUUUGCAGUCGGGCCAGGCGGGCCCAGUCAUCCGUCAAUUUGGCUUGGGAACUGAUGCGAUCAAUGCAGCCACUAGCGGUAACAUCGAAGAAUUCGUCACUGCUUUGGAGACAGAAGCCAAGAGUGGACAAGGACAAGCGCAACAGGGACAAGAAGAGAAGAAACGAUCUCCAGGCGAUAGUCCUGGCAAGAAGGAAGACGAUGACGACGGCAUGCCUUUGGAUUAAACUAUAAGAAUUUAUUUUCUUUUUUCUUUAUUUUCUCUUUCUCUUUCUCUCUCUCUCUUUCUCUCUUUCUCACUUCCUCUCUUCCUCUUUUUUUUUUUUUAUAAAUAUAUAUAAACGUAAUUCAUGAUUCAGAAAUUCGAUAUAUGUUAUGUACGUAUUAGUCGACUAUGUAUAAUAAACGUUUCUCCAACGAUUAGGUUUCAUUAUAUUCUGAGAUAUUUAAAGGAAAUCAUAUGAUUUUUAAACGUAACGUGUAUUUAUACAAAUUGCUUGCAAACUAACAAAACGUUUCAUUACUCUUUACGCAUUUUAAUAUUUGCCCGUCUCUAUCUGCUUAUUUUUUCUAUAAAUAUAAACGUUUCGUAAAUAGUUCGACUUUAUUAAUAAACGAUCCUAUUAUAUUUCGUCGUCAUUGAGAAUAUGUAUAUUUACAAUUUAAUAAUCAAUAAAAUGCGAAUAUUUCAUUAUUA